GCCAGACAACGCCCCUGCGCGCAGCCUUGGAAGGCCUGCUGGCCGAGCCAGCGACCGACCGUCCGGUUCAGCGGGCCGGCGGUCCGGUCUAGACCGGUUCAGACCACGCACGCGCGGUGCCAGUUGCACCCGCCAGCGCACAGAUCAGCGCCAGCCAGCGCCAACAGCGCCAGCAGCACCUAUGCCGCGCCCAGUGCGCGCAAGUGACCGAGCCGGUGACAAGUCAGCGGCCAAUCGCCCGACCGCAGCGAGCCGACGGUCCAGCCAGUUAAUGAACCGGCCGGUUCAGACCGGUUGCUUAAGUAGUUCAGGACUCAGUGACCUGGUCCGAGUUCAGUACAAUAUUUCAAUGUCGCCUCGUAGAGAACCAGGUCAUCAAGAGGUCCCCCAGGCCACAGUAGUCGCACAGUUUCGCGACUAUCACCCAGAGAAAUUUUUCGGCCAGGGAGAUCCUCGUAUCGUGGAUGAAUGGGUUCAGGGCCUUGAAAUGAUUUUCGAGGUCAUGGACUGUCCAGAUCACUAUCGUGUUUUAUGCGCACAGCUUCAACUAACCGGUGAUGCUCGACUCUGGUGGAAUGCUUACUGGAGUAUGCGUCCCGACGAAAAGGACGGUUGUACCUGGGACACGUGUAAAGAGUUGAUUCGUGAGAAGUACUAUCCCACGUACUACCGAGCAGAGAUGGAGCGUCAGUUCUUGGCGCUCAAACAGGGUAGUCGUUCUGUCGAUGAGUACGAAAGAGAAUUUACUAAACUUAGAGCCUUU